AAAAUGCGACUGUUUCCAAUUUCUUGAAAGCAUUGCCUCCCAGUUGCUCCCUUCUGGUAAUGGACAAUUCAGGGAGAAUCUUAAUGCAGAGACAGGGGACUUCCCAGGAAGGCUCUACAAGAAAAGCCCUCAAAUCUUCUCUCUCCUCUGCCUUAAAUCACAGUAACUCCCAACAUUCAACAACCCCUGGUCAGAUCCAAAAAUCAUUGACAAUGCCAUCUUCCUCAAAACCAUCACCACUAAAACAGGUUGAAAUUUCAAGAAGGCGCAGUCUUAAAAAGGCAUUGCAGCUUCCAGACUUGAUGACACACAAAUUGUUCCAGAGACUGGCCAUCCUGGAAAUAAAGGGCUCGGGGAGGCGAUUCACAUCGGAGGAACUUUGUUAUGCAACAAACAAUUUCAGCCCUGAAAUGGUGAUCGGAGAGGGCGAGAAUAGCAAGGUGUACCUUGGCAGGCUUGACGAUGGUCAGCCUGCAGCGGUGAAAGUCCUAAAGAACAAGGAUUCAUCGACAGAGGACCUUUUUUGUGAAGUUGAAACUUCGAGUUGUUUGAAACAUGAGAACAUUGUUCAGCUUAUUGGGUAUUGUUACAGCAAUGGUAUGCAUGCAAUCGUGUAUAAUUUGCUGAAGGAAAACGUGAAUCAGAGACUGAAACAGCUUAGAUGGAGUGAGAGGGUGAAGAUAGCAAUUGGUGUAGCAAAGGCACUGGAGUACCUCCACUCUCGAUCCCCUCCGAUCAUUCACAGAGAUGUGAAAUCAUCAAACAUUUUGCUCUCUGAGAAUUGCCAACCACAAUUGUCUGAUUUUGGAGCAGCAAUAGUACAACAACAAACACAGCAAGUUUCAAGGUAUACGAAGCCGUGCGUUGUUGGGACGUUCGGAUACUUGGCACCAGAGUACAUGAUGUAAGGCAGAGUUGAUGAAAAAAAAGAUGUUUAUUCUUAUGGGGUUGUGCUUCUUGAGCUCAUCACUGGUAAAGAGGCUAUUCGGACCAACCAAACAUCUACUCACGAAAGCUUAGUACUCUGGGUAUUGCAAGAACAGGACAUUGACUUAAUUUAUGGGCAAGGUCAUUACUCGGCUGUGGACUCUGUGAACGCUUAAUUGAUCCAUACCUGAAAGAAGACUACGACAAGGAUGAGAUGAAAAGGAUGAUGAUCGCAGCUCUCCUCUGCCUCUUGCAUUCUUCUUCUAGAAGACCAACCAUGAAAACAGUAUACCAUUUUCAUUCUUUCAAGCUAAUUAUGCACACCCACAAUGAAACUUCAAAGUAAAAGGUUCAUAGUGUUGUUUGUAUUUGGCAGAUCCUGCAUCUGUUUGAGGAGCCAGAGCACUGGCUAAAGAUGCAGAGAAAGAGAGAGGAGCUCUUUAAUGGAAUUGAGAUUAGUUCCAAAGCCGAAACAGGCAUGCGUAGAUACGAUGAUUCGGAUUCUAAUUGAUCUUGUCUCAAGUUUAGGUCUUGAGUUCGGAGCUGAAGUUUCAGUCUGAGCAGUGAAUGUUUGUCAUUUUGGCAUCAUUGUGAACUAAUGGUUUAUAUAUUGUCUACCUAUUAUCUAAUGUUACAUCUAAGCUAAAAUCCAACUAAAUAUUUUAUCCGUUAACGGGUAAACAAAAUUUAAACGUUUGAUUUUGUUGGCUUUUUUGGUUAUAAAAAUUGCUGAGGCGACACAAUUCAGGAGUUCAGAGGUCUGGGUGUCUAAGCCACUUGAAUGGCCUGCCAAGAAGUUUGGUGUGUUUCUAGCUAAAACUAGUACUAGUUUUAUUGCAUACAUAGGAUUAUCUUCAUUAGAGGAAAAACCCUUGUAUAAAGCUUCUGAAAUUAUAUGUAACCAUUUUAUUGCUCUUUGUAUUUAAUUUGGCCUGCUAGCAAAAAAAUG